CAGCCUCUUGAGCUGCGGGCGGACGUAGGCCUUGCGUCAGCGCCGCGUAGCAGGCAUGGUGAUUUCAGAGACUAUGGAUAUACUUUUCAGAAUAAGAGGAGGCCUUGAUCUAGCUUUUCAGCUAGCUACUGCUGAUGAAAUUUUUGUCAAGAAAGCACUAAAACAUGUGUUGAGUGACCUGUCAACCAAGCUUUCUUCAAAUGCGCUUGUGUUCAGAAUUGGCCACAGCUCAGUGUAUAUAUGGCCUAACAGUGACAUGAACACCAUUCCAGGAGAACUGACUGAUAGUUCUGCUUGUAAGAACAUAAUGCGAUUUAUUCAAUUUGAACAGGAAGAAGAUACAAAACGAAAAUUCAUGAAGAAGAAAGACAGAAAGUUGUCAGACACGCAUCAGAUAGUAAAUAUAGAUCUUAUGCUGGAAAUGUCAACCCCUCUGGCAGCCGUAACGCCCAUCAUUGAAAGAGAAAGCGGAGGGCACCACUAUGUUAAUAUGACUUUACCAGUCGAUGUGGUUGUGUCUGUUGCUCCAGAAGAAACAUGGGGAAAGGUUCGUAAACUUCUAGUUGAUGCAAUUCAUAAUCAACUAACUGAUCUGGAAAAAUGCAUUUUGAAACACAUGAAAGGAACAUCUAUUGUGGUCCCUGAACCAUUGCACUUUUUAUUACCAGGGGGAAAGAAUCUUGUAACAAUUUCAUAUCCAUCAGGAAUUCCAGAUGGUCAGCUGCAGGCCUAUAGAAAGGAGUUGCAUGAUCUCUUCAGUCUGCCUCAUGACAGACCUUAUUUCAAAAGGGCUAAUGCUUACCACUUUCCAGAUGAACCAUACAAAGAUGGCUACAUUAGAAAUCCGCAUGGUUACCUCAAUCCACCUAACGUAGAGACUGGUAUGACGCACGUGGUCCAGGGCACGUAUGCUUACCACCAUUACAUGCAGGAUCGGAUCGAUGACAGUGGCUGGGGCUGCGCUUAUCGCUCUCUGCAGACCAUCUGCUCCUGGUUCAGACACCAGGGAUACACAGAGAGAUCCAUUCCAACACACAGAGAAAUUCAGCAGGCGCUAGUUGAUGCUGGGGACAAGCCAGCGGCAUUUGUCGGAUCUCGGCAGUGGAUUGGCUCCAUCGAGGUGCAGCUGGUACUGAACCAGCUUAUCGGUGUAACUUCAAAAAUACUGUUUGUCAGCCAAGGUUCUGAAAUGGCCUGUCAGGGACGGGAACUGGCUAAUCAUUUCCAGAGUGAAGGAACUCCAGUAAUGAUCGGGGGAGGAGUUUUGGCCCACACAAUACUAGGAGUUGCAUGGAAUGAGAUUACAGGGCAGAUAAAAUUUCUGAUUUUAGAUCCGCAUUAUACAGGUGCUGAAGAUCUCCAAGUUAUUUUGGAAAAGGGCUGGUGUGGAUGGAAGGGCCCAGACUUUUGGAACAAGGAUGCUUACUAUAACUUAUGUCUUCCCCAGCGACCAAAUAUUAUUUAAAAUAUCUUGGACUCAAAAGACUGCAGUAAAGUUAUAUAAUAAAUUUGUUGAUAAAGAAUAAAUUUAAUUUCAAAUUAAAA